AUGCGAGAGUGCAGGGGAAGCAGAAAGAGCGCCCGGGAGGAGGCAGGAAAAUGUCCAGGCCAGGAAAAAGCGCAGGAGACUGCGGAGGGUGCGGGGAGUGCCCCUGGGAAAGAUCACGGCGGGAGAGGGCCGCAUCUGGGAGAAGCUGGGGCCGCUCUGGAAACGGCCGGAGACGCUGAGAGGGCGGAGUCUGAAGAGUUUGGCGACUUCAACGCUCUUGUAGAGAGAGAGGAGGGAAAUGUGUCGGAGAGUGCCCCCGAGGAUGCAGGGAGCGACUUGGAGUCGGGCGCAGACGAGCUUCUCCGGCUCGAGGACUUCAACAGAGCCCAGGCGGAGAAAGCCAAAAAAUCAGUCGCUGCUGCAGACUUAACAAGCACGUACAGAGUCCUCACGGCGAUGCACAAGGAGGGCCCAGAAGGCGCGAUUUCCGCGGACGAGUUUGAGUUCCUGCAGGUUCUUGGGGAGGAGAAUGCAGGGCGAAUCUUGCAGGAGCAGGCGCAGAGCCUCGUCCGGGAGGUGGAGGGGCUGUUUAAGACUCCCGCGUACAAGAAGCUGAACAAGCAGAGGCUGAUCCGGCAGCGGAUAAACUACAGCCUCGCAGAGAAGGCGAAAACUCUCCCGGAGAGGUACGAAGACCUCCCGUUUGUCAUCGCGAUCACUAAGGACUUCUGCUACAAGACAGGAGCUAAGAUAUACAAGCGCACCACCGAUAAAAAGAUCCCGAAGAUCAAGAGGCACACGUACCAGAAGAUGGUGGGAUUCUGCAGUGUGAAGGGCGAGUACGCAUUUUCCCCUGAGAAGAUCGAGGAGUUUAUUAAGUCGAUUCUGCAGUAG